UUACCAUCGCCUUGGCAUCGCUCUUCCUUUCAAACCUCUGUGUAAUUAUAUUGUUUGCAGUGAUGCUCAGACAUCGAGCACCUGCUGCUCUGUAAUGAUUCAGCCUCUUUCAGCCGCCGCUGUAACGCGACAGGAUGCUGCUGCUACUGUCACUUCUGCCGCUGCCGCUGUUGUUACAGAUUUUGCUUUUGCUCCUUCUACCGCAUGACAAUUGUUUUCCUCGCCUAAGCAGAUACCAGCCUCAGAUGCUCAAGGUGAGAGUCUUGCCUUUCGCUCUGGGCUAUUGGUUCACUUAAUCCGGUCAAUUUGUUCGCUGCUUGUGGUUGUCUUUCUGCCCGCCCUCCUUCCCCCUGUUUUGUUUUGUUUUGCUUGCUUUCGGGGGGAUGCUUCUUCCCUCACUCAGAAGAGCUGGAAUUGCUUGAGAGGCAUAUAAGGAAUUAUAAAAGUGGCCAGGAAACAAGAGAUCAGUGACUGCAGAGCUGCCCUUGGCUUCGGCAAGGCAGCGUGAGCAGCAGAGGGCUUGGGCAGGGGGUGGGAGGGUCUCCUUUUUCCCUUGCAUUCCUCUUCUCCCGGUUCAGAUGAUGUUGCUGAGCUCGGACCUCUCUUUGACUCCUGCCGUGUGAUUUUUACUGAGCACUGUGACUGUUACUCCGUCUCUUUUUGUCUGUGUUUCACAGUAAUGGACUGUGAUAGAGUUAAGGCCUUUUGGAGGUGAGCUGUGUCAGAGCUCAACCAUGUCUGAAGUAGCCACCGAGACUUUCCCCAGCCCUUCGGCUCAGCUGAGCCCUGACGCAUCCCUUGAUGGGCUCCCGGCUGAGGAGAAUGUGCCGGGGCCUCACAGAGAGGACAGCAGGGUCUCAGGGGUGGCAGGCCUGGCCGCGACCUGCUGUGUGUGCCUGGAGGCAGAGCAACUGAAGGGCUGCCUCAACUCCGAGAAGAUCUGCAUUGCCCCUAUCCUGGCUUGCCUGCUCAGCCUCUGCCUCUGCAUUGCUGGCCUCAAGUGGGUCUUUGUGGACAAGAUUUUUGAGUAUGACUCUCCUACACACCUUGACCCUGGGAGGAUAGGACAAGACCCAAGGAGCACUGUGGAUCCUACAGCUCUGUCUGCCUGGGUGCCUUCAGAGGUGUAUGCCUCACCCUUCCCCAUACCUAGCCUUGAAAGCAAGGCUGAAGUGACAGUGCAAACUGACAGCUCGCUCGUGCCCUCCAGACCCUUCCUUCAGCCUUCUCUCUACAACCGCAUCCUAGAUGUUGGGUUGUGGUCCUCUGCUGCACCAUCACUGUCACCAUCCUCCCCGGAGCCUACCAAGGCAUCUCAGGCACAAGCAACAGAAACCAAUCUCCAAACUGCUCCAAAACUUUGUCCGGAGAUGCCGCGGGGAAGGGACGUGCGGCAGCUAAGGCUCUGCAGCCGGGCAGGGAGCCAAGCCUCGCGGAGAUGCUGCGGCCGCCGAGGCGGGGAGCGAGAAGCGCGGGGAGGAGCGGCAGAAGCCGCCCCGGCUGCCCUCGUCAGGCCGGACCGCUUGGCACAGCCCAGUAUCCCCGGCUGGGCGAGGAGGGAGCGAUGCACCCGCGUGAAGGGAGCUCUGGAAUGUCCCCACCGCUUCUCCCGGGGCUGCGCGCACUGCGGGGCCGACCGAGGUCGGCAGCAGUGA